AUGCCUAUCUUUGGAGCACCUGCUGUUCGUGUUCAGAGCGGCUUAAUUACUAUCGCUACAUAUUUUAUCCAACAUGCUUAUUUGAAACCAAUUAUUGACUUCCGGUCUUCGGAUGCAAGCUUUAUUCCCUUAGAAAACCCCACAACUGCUCUCUAUAUCAGAAGAGAUAACAAUAAGAGACAGACUCUCGUCAAUGUAUUUGACCAGAAUGGUCAGAAGGUCUAUACCAUUGAAAGAGAAUCGUCUACAAGUCCAGUCUGGAGCCUUUUAAGCUUUCCACAAAGGAAAGAAGUGGCCACAAUUCGUGCAGGUUUCUUUCUGACUGCUGUUGAUUUCCAUAAUAAGGCCAUAGGCCUUCAGCACCGCCAGGUGAACUCGGAAUCUGGUAUUACCGUGGGUAGAAUGAGAACUUUUUACUUAGAUGAUGGCCACAAGUAUGGAUGGACAAGAGGUACUAAAUAUUUGGAGAGGUUUGUAAAUCCAGGAGGAGCCGAUGAAGAGAUCAGAGAGAGAGUAGCAAAGGUGAGAUUAAUGAGACAGUGGAAGUUUGACUAUGAGAUGAUUUUAGACGAGAAUAAGGUUGACGUUGAAUCCGCGCUUGCGACUGGGUUUAUCUGUAUGCUGAGUUUCUGGGGAGUUGGUGAUAUCACCGAAACUGUCGGACCGACUAAACUUCCAGUAACAAGGAAAGAUGAACCAGUAAGUGAAAACGCAGCGGCAACAGCAAUACCUAACAUUACUUUGGUGCUGGACUCUUCAAACGAUGCAGAUUUAAUUGUGGAAAAGAUGUGA